AUGGCCAACUUGUCGAGUCUGUGGUUCUGUCUCGUCUUUGUGUGCUUGUUGGCAAGAGCUCACGGGUCAUCGAGACCCCUGACCAAGGACGACGAUCGGGAAUUUUCGCCCGUCGACGAUAACCUGGAAGAUCCGAUUCCAGUUGCAAGCUAUCCUCGCGCAAGAAGCAGCCUUUCCGAAGCCCAAGCGACGAUUCAGUCGACGUCGAGAGUCACAGAAACUGCUCAAACAGUCACACCCCGCCACAGUGAAGUCCCUAAUCUCAUCGGAAAAGCGCAUAUCGCACCUUUCGUACCUUUCGCGGACGUGCUGGUCAUGAUACAUCCAUGA